GGCUGGGCCGAGCUGCGGACGCCAGGCCCCCCGAUCCCCGCCAGGCUGCGGACGCCAGGCCCCCCGAUCCCCGCCAGGCUGCAGGCGCCGGGCCCGGGCCGUCAGGGCGGCUGUGACCCUUGCGCUCAGCGGGUGGCGAGCUGGGGGUGCGCCCGGAUCCCCGCCCCCGGGAUCAUGGGGAAUGGCAUGACCAAGGUACUUCCUGGACUCUACCUCGGAAACUUCAUUGAUGCCAAAGACACGGAUCAGCUAGGCCGGAAUAAGAUCACACACAUCAUCUCCAUCCACGAGUCACCCCAGCCUCUGCUGCAGGACAUAACCUACCUUCGCAUCUCAGUGGCCGACGCCCCUGAGGUACCCAUCAAAAAGCACUUCAAAGAAUGUAUCAACUUCAUCCACUGUUGCCGCCUCAAUGGGGGAAACUGCCUUGUGCACUGCUUUGCAGGCAUCUCCCGAAGCACCACCAUCGUGACGGCAUAUGUGAUGACUGUGACAGGACUGAGCUGGCGGGACGUGCUUGAAGCCAUCAAGGCCACGCGGCCCAUCGCCAACCCCAACCCAGGCUUUAGGCAGCAGCUUGAAGAGUUUGGCUGGGGCAGUUCCCGGAAGCUUCGCCGGCAGCUGGAGGAGCGCUUCGGGGAGAGCCCUUUCCGAGACGAGGAGGAGGUGCGCGCGCUGCUGCCGCUGUGCGCGCGCUGCCGGCAGGGCUCUGCGAGCGCGGCCUCUUCCCCCGCGCCCGGCUCCUCGGCCUCGGAGGGGACCUUGCAGCGCCUGGUGCCGCGGUCGCCCCGGGAAGCCCACCGGCCGCUGCCGCUGCUGGCGCGCGUCAAGCAGACUUUCUCUUGCCUCCCGCGGUGUCUGUCCCGCAAAGGCAGCAAGUGAGGAUCCUGCCCCGCCGUGGCGCCCCUCGGCCUCUCGACCGGUCCCCUUCGGGGAUUGUCUGCGCCUCCCACGGCCUUCAGGACGGGCCCAGAGCCUGUGGGAGCCCCGCGGCGGCCUGAUCCCCGCCCCUGCCCCUCUUCGCGCCUUGCUUGUCUGUGUCCGCGGUCAGUGUGUCCUCCAUCUGUGUGUGUGGCUCUGUGUCUGGGCCGGCCUGCUGCAGCUACCUGGUGCCUUAGUCCUUGGGCUGGGGGAGGGUGCCCCAGGCACCCCCUCCCAUUAAAGGCGGUGGGAGUGGGAGUGGGUGGGUGGGGUAGUUGGACGAUCCUGGAGGAUAUUAAAGAGACACAGAAGCUGCCUGUCUGAUCGCCUCCCAGUCAUUCCAUCAUUGAGCAAAGGCAGGGCUGCAGGACUCUGCCAGGGGCUGAAGCCUGCCGGAAAAAAUAAUAGGAGGGGCUUUACAUCCCCUAGGGCCUGAGGAGCCUGCCACCCUCCGUGAACUGCAGUCUGCAGGGCUGAGUUCCACUUCCCUGACCCUCACCCCUAUCUCUCCCUGGAGCCCUGGUCUCCUGAAAAGGCCGCCAACUCCUCCUCUCUGAACCCCUUUCCCCCUGGCUGAGCUCCUGUCCUCCCUGAGCACUGCCCCCCCACCCCCUGCCUCCGCCCCAGCUCCUUUCCUUUCCCUAUCCACAAAUCUUAG